AUGUUUCAUCAAACGAUUGAACAAGCGCAACCAGGUGAUCAAUUAGGUAUAUUACUUAAAAAUAUUCGAAAAGAAGAUAUUCGUAGAGGUGUGUUUGUUGGUAAACCUGGCUCAUUGAAAAUGCAUAAUAAAUUUGAUUGUCAAACUUAUUUCUUAUCUAAAGAAGAAGGUGGCCGUGAAGAACCAAUUCCCAAAGAAUUUGUAUUAACUAUGUAUUGUCGAACAUAUGAUAUUGGUGUUAAAGGUGUUGUACCUGAAGGUCGUGAAAUGAUUAUGCCAGGUGAAGAUGCAACAAUGACAUUAUAUACAAGCAAACGAAUGGUUUUGGAAAAAGGUGCUCGAUUUACAUUACGUGAUGCAGAUAAUAAAACAGUUGGAACUGGUGUUGUAACUAAUGUACAUCCAGAUCCUCCACCAGAGGAAUUGAAAAAAUUUUGGAAACGAGCAGCUUAA